UCCCAGCACUAUCUCCAUCGGAUCUGUAUCGCUUCCCAUCUAUACAUGACAUUGCUCGGUGUCAAUGGCGCCGUCAAAUCCUCUGGCCAAUUGGGAGAGACUAGGAGAUAGCUUCUACCGGAAGGUCCCCAUAUACGAUGCCAUCUUCGACGAUGAUGUCGAACUAGAGAACUACAUCAUCGCUGGCGCUCCCUACGGAGGGGCUAUUGCGCUGCACCGCGAUGAGGGCAAACCGUACAGGUUCCGUGAUGCUCAGACCGCCAAGUCGAGCAUUGACAUUUACUCAUGCUCGGGGAAGCACAUCAAUCGAAUCAAUUGGGAAUACGGCACGAUUCGUGGUCUCGGCUGGUCCGACAAGGAAGAACUCCUGGUGAUCACGGAAGACGGCACUGUCAGACGCUAUUUUGGCCUCCACGGCGACUUUACCUCCUUUUCUCUGGGAAAUGGAGCUGAAGACUACGGUGUGAGGGCUUGCCGAUUCUGGACCUCGGGCUUUGUUGCCCUGCUCUCUAACAACCAACUGGUUGCUGUGUCGAAUUACGACGAGCCGCGACCUAGGCUCCUGGCUUCUUGUCCGGAAGGAGAAGUCUCGUCGUGGUCACUGAUACCUCCGGCUUAUACGCUGUCUCGCUCAGUUGAAGUCCUGCUUGCCGUUGACAAGACAGUCUACUUGGUCGACCCCACGGAAGCCGAAGACAAAGUCCUCCAAAAUGGGCCGUUCAAGCAUGCAAGCGUGUCGCCAACCGGAAGAUUCGUUGCUCUAAUCACCGCUGAGGGCAAGGUAUGGGUAGUCAGCAGUGACUUCCAAAGCAAGUACAGCGAAUAUGACCCAGAAUCGCGAGUCACUCCUCGGACAGUCGACUGGUGCGGAGAUGAUGCCGUUGUCAUCGCAUGGGAAGACGAGGUACAUCUCAUCGGGCCUAAUGGCGUUGCGGCGAGAUAUUACUAUGACGGCACUGUCCAUGUCGUGCCUGAGUUUGACGGUGUGCGUUUAAUUACCAACGACACCUGCGAGUUCCUGCACAAAGUUGUUGAUGUCACCGAGGCGAUCUUCCGGCUCGGAUCUACGUCACCCGCCUCAGUCCUCCUGGACUCUAUAGACCUUCUGGAGAAAAAGUCGCCCAAAGCCGACGAGAACAUCCAACGUAUCCGGCCAAGUUUGCCCGAGGCGGUUGACACUUGUGUCAAAGCUGCUGGUCAUGAGUUUGGCACAUAUUGGCAGAAGCGCUUGUUAAAGGCAGCGUCGUUCGGAAAGUCUGUUCUUGACUUGUACAACAGCGAUGAAUUUGUCGAAAUGACUGAGAAACUCCGAGUGCUGAAAGCAGUGCGAGACUACCAGAUAGGACUGCCGCUUUCCUAUGAGCAAUACAUGCGCCUCACUCCUGAAAGGCUCAUUGAGCGGUUGGUAAACAGGCAUGAAUACCUGCUUGCGAUCCGCAUUUCGGAAUACCUUGAGCUUCCUGCCGAUAGGAUAUACGUUCAUUGGGCAAGCCAGAAGGUCAAAGUAUCCACAGUGGACGAUGAUGCCCUCUGCAAGCUCAUUGUCCAGCGACUGGAAGGCAAACCAGGCAUAUCCUUUGAAUUGAUCGCGCAAACAGCUUACGAUGAAGGACGUGCUCACUUGGCGACUCAGCUGCUGAACCACGAACCAAGAGCUGGGAAGCAAGUGCCCUUGCUCUUGGACAUGGAAGAAGACGAGAUUGCCUUGGAUAAGGCCAUCGAAAGUGGAGACGUUGAUCUAGUGAACUACGUCCUUCUGCACCUUAAGACUAAACUACCGCUUGCCAGUUUCUUCAGAACGAUAAACACACGCCCUAUGGCGUCUGCCCUUGUGGAGAUGACUGCCAGAGGACAGGACACCGAGUUGUUGAAAGACCUCUUCUACCAAGAUGAUCGGCCUAUUGAUGGCUCCAAUGUCCUUCUCUCCGAGGCGUUGGACGCAACGGACCUGCCGCGCAAGACCGAAAAGCUCCAGCUCGCAUCACGUCUACUGUCAGACUCAAAAGAUCCUUCUGUGGUGUUACAGCAGAAACUACUAAACGAAGCAUCCCAGUUGCUGAAGGUCCAGGAGGCCCUCGACAAGGACCUUGCGGAUCGUUCAGAGUUCCUUGGCUUAAGCUUGAAUGAGACAAUCUACAGACUGAUAAGAUCAGGCUACGGAAAAAGAGCACAGAAGAUACAGAGCGAGUUCAGGAUGCCAGAGAAAACUUUCUGGUGGUUGAGAUUAAGGGCCUUGGUAGCUAAGCGUGACUGGGGUGAGCUGGAAGAAAUCGGGAAAAACAAAAAAUCCCCGAUUGGGUGGGAGCCAUUCUAUAACGAGGUUUUGGGGGCUGGAAAUACAAAGCUCGCUUCGUUAUUUGUUCCCAAAUGCACCAAUUUGCCGGCUGAGGACAAGAUGGAAAUGUGGGUGAAAUGCGGCAUGAUUGCGAAAGCCGGCGAAGAAGCCUUCAGGGCAAAGAAUGUCAACGCCCUUGAGCUCCUCCAGGCGAGGGCUUCAGGACCAGCCGCCGUUGAGAUCGAACGGAUGAUCAACCAGCUUAGACCGCGGAAGUAGAUAGCUGGCGCAACCAUGGCGGUAUUUCCUUGGCAAGAUAGACGUCCACGCAUCAGGUGAUAUCAUCGUCCACGUCAAUGCCUUCGUGUUCCUCCACAACGGGAGCCUGAGUGGCAGGGGCCGGCUUCGAACGUUUCGCUGGCUUGGAAGCCGCAGCAUCGUCCAUCAUAGCAUCGUCCAUGUUAUCGUCAGCCUCGUUGAGGGCUUCGAACAUUGACUUCGUUUUACGGUUCAGAUCCUCCCAUUCAGCCUAGACACUCAUUUCGUCAGAGAUAUUGACCAAUCAUAAUGGAAAGUCUGGCGUCCUUACCCUACGAGCCUUGACGGAUUUGGCGCGGCCCUCACUUUUAACGACCUUCUUCUCCAGCUGGUCCAUCACGGCCUCUGCUCUUUCAACACCCUUUUGUUGUCUCAAGCGCUGCGCUCUAGUUUUAGCUUUG